GAGCUUUGCGUACUAUGCCUCUAUUCUAUUCCAUUGUAGUUUAAUUUCACAUUAUAAAAUCUGAGUUUGAAAGAAGAACAUUCAGGUUUCCAAAUUUGGAUUCCGGGUCUUCCUGAUUCGGAAACCGAACGUGUGCGGCCGCGCGAAGUGUCACCCCUCACACAUUGUCACUUGCCUUGCUCAUCUGUGAUCUGACCAUAUUGGCCUUCCUCCUUGCUUGCUUGCCUCGUUUUCUCAGCUUCAACUCAAUCAUCAAUUUGUAACAUAAGUUUACCCGGCGACCUGCAACUUAGCAAGGCGCUUUAAAAUAUAAAUUAUUCAACUAAGUACCUACAUUUUAAAUAAGAGUUUUAUUUUCUGUAGAUAAAAUCGGGAUAUUUACAUUUAACAUGAAACCACCGUACAAAAUCGCUGAUGAGAAGUUGGCCGAGCUUGGUCGCAAAGAAAUCAUGCUGGCAGAAAAAGAAAUGCCUGGUCUCAUGGCUUGCCGUCGCAAGUAUGCUCCAAGCAAAAUCCUAAAGGGAGCUCGUAUUGCUGGCAGUCUCCAUAUGACUGUUCAAACUGCUGUGCUAAUUGAGACCCUUAUAGAACUUGGAGCUGAAGUCCAAUGGUCAAGCAGCAAUAUCUUCAGUACCCAAGAUGAAGCAGCAGCAGCUCUGGUUGCCGUUGGAAUUCCCAUAUAUGCCUGGAAGGGGGAAACUGAAGAAGAGUAUGUCUGGUGUAUUGAGCAAACUCUGGUCUUCUCAGAUGGAAAACCCUUGAAUAUGAUUUUGGAUGAUGGUGGAGAUUUGACAAAUUUGGUGCAUAAGAAAUAUCCACAAUAUUUAGAAGGAAUUCGGGGACUUUCUGAAGAAACUACAACUGGUGUCCACAACUUGUAUAAAAUGUUUAGAGAAGGACUACUGAAAGUACCAGCUAUCAAUGUUAACGACUCUGUCACAAAAAGCAAAUUUGACAAUUUAUAUGGAUGCAGGGAAUCAUUACUAGAUGGAAUUAAAAGGGCAACAGACAUGAUGAUAGCUGGCAAAGUGUGUGUUGUUGCUGGCUAUGGUGAUGUAGGCAAAGGAUGUGCCCAAGCUUUCAAAGGAUUUGGAGGCAGAGUGAUAGUGACAGAAAUAGAUCCCAUCAAUGCACUUCAAGCUGCAAUGGAAGGUUUUCAAGUAACCACAAUGGAUGAAGCUGCAGAAAUUGGGCAAAUUUUCGUUACAACAACUGGUAAUAUUGACAUUAUUUGUGCAGAACAUUUUGUAAAAAUGAAGGAUGAUGCAAUAGUUUGCAACAUUGGCCACUUUGACUGUGAAAUCGAUGUAGCAUGGUUAGAGAAAAAUGCGAAAAAAGUGAACAUUAAACCACAAGUAGAUCGUUAUGAACUUGAAAAUGGGAACCGUAUCAUUGUGCUUGCUGCUGGAAGACUUGUGAACUUGGGAUGUGCUACUGGCCACUCUUCUUUUGUCAUGUCAAACUCCUUUACUAAUCAAGUAUUGGCACAAAUCGAGCUCUGGACCCGGCACAAUCAGUAUCCUGUGGGUGUUCACACACUCCCAAAGAAAUUAGAUGAAGAAGUAGCAGCCCUUCAUCUAGAUCAUCUUGGUGUUAAGUUGACCAAACUUACUACUAAACAGGCAAAAUAUAUUGGCGUACCUCUUGAGGGACCUUAUAAGCCAGAUCAUUACAGAUACUAAAUACUUACUAUUAUUUUAAAGAUAUAAAAAUUAAUAAAUCUUAUGGAGAUAACAAGUGUCUUUUCUAUAAUGAUGUCCGUUAAAAACGAAAUGUACAUGUGUACAGGCAUUUACUACUUAAUAAAAUAAUUUACGUAUA